AUGUCUUCGACCGUCCUGCGCCAAGAUGAGCUCCUGCGCAUCGUGCUAGCGUACCAAGACGGCGUCUUUGAAGAGCUGCUGCCGCACUUCGGUGCUUGGAAGCGCUUCAAGAACGCCAACCAGCGCGCUGCGUGGCUCCUACUGCACUACGCUGGCCUGCACUGGCUGCAGCGGCUCUUGGCGUGCUGGCCCAUCGCCGACUCGGUCGUGCUCAUGGACAUGGCAGCAAGCCAUGGGCAGUUGGAGCUCGUGCGCUACCUCAGCGUCCACGGUGCAUCGGGAUGCACGGCGUAUGCCAUGGACGCCGCAGCGCGCAACGGCCAUGACGACGUCGUCCAAUUCUUGCACGCGACACGGUCCGAGGGCUGCUUGCGCUACACGCUGGACCACGCCGCCAUGAAUGGCCAUCUCUCGAUCGUACGCUUCCUCCACGACCACCGACACGACGGCUGCUCGACGAACGCGGUCGACUAUGCAGCUCGGAACGGCCACAUCAACGUUGUCGCAUUUCUCCUGCAAGGCCGCCACGAGGGCUGCACGCACCUGGCGCUGACGUUCGCAGCGCAGAACGGGCACCUGGAUGUGGUCGCGUAUCUGGUUCAGCACGCGUCGAUGGCCUGUAUCUUGAUUGCCAUCCCGGCCGCCAGAGCCCAUGGGCACCAUGACGUGGCCACGUACUUCACGCUGGACACGAGUCGGUUCGCGCUCGCCCGGCUCCGCGACGCCUCGUCGGACGCACUCGAUGCGCUGCUGCUUGCCGUGCAGGCGCGCAGCAUCGAGGUCGUCCUGUCGCCGCGGCUCUGGGGCCUCUUCCAGCACUUCUCGACGCUCGGGUCCGACCGGCUCAAAGCACUUCGGGUCGCCGAAAUCCACGCGCUCGACAGCCACGUCGGCAGCGAGCACAGUGCAGGCAGCGCCCUCGUCUUUAUUGUGCAGCCCCUCGUGGCGCAAGUGUACCUUGUCGCGCGACGCAUCGCGAGCGUCGUCGAGCACCAGCCGAAAGGCGCACCGCCGCUCGUCGUUCACAUCUUGCACGCCGGCCCCUGGAACGCGCUCUGCGCAACGGUGCUGGCCCAAGAACGCACGGCCGACGUCGUGCAGUUGACGCUCGCCCUCUUCCCACUCGGGUUCAUUCCGCUCGACAGCGACGUGCUCACGAUGGGGUCGGACACGCUCUUGCGCGAGUGCUACUUGGGCAGCAACAAGACGAGCCUUGCGACGAUGGCGCAUGCGCUGUACCAACUCGAGGUGACGCUCGGCAAGAUUGACCACAUCUUUUACAAGGGCAACCUCGCCCACGCGCUAUGGAAGCACCUCGCAUCCCUCCACAUUCAAAACGGCGUGCCGCCUCCCGCGAAAUCCAAGAAGCAUCGCAUCGACUGCCUCAUGGUCUUUGACCGCAAGCUCGACUACUUUGCGCCGCUGAGCACGCCAUUGACGCAAGCCGCUUCUGCUUCAUGUGUCCUCGCAUACCGCGACGGCAUGGUGCAGGUGGACGCGAAUCUAUUAGACGACACCAUUCCGAGUGGCCAGCAGCAGGCGCCCAUGAGUCUCUCGAGCGACGAUGCCGUCUUUGAGCUCUGCCGCAACGUCCACAUUCAAGCCUUGGGGCCGCUGCUGCAGCACCAAGUUGCUGCUAUCUCCGAGGAGCACGCCGCACUACAAAAAGCCAUGCACGACGAAGCAGCGUGGAAAACCGACAUCUCGAAUCUUCCGGGCCAGGUCCAAGCCCACUUGCACCAGCAGAGCUUGCUCAACCAGCAUCUGCAGCUGUCGCAGCUCCUGCAGGCGACGACCAACUCGAAGGACUUUCGACGGCGCUGGCUCCUCGAACGCGCCAUCAUGGAAGGCGAGCCGCGCCUCGGCGACAUUGAGCAGCUCAUUUGGAAGCAAGGGCCGCUCCUCCACGUGCUGCGUCUUCUGGCUCUACACAGCCUCGUCAACCACGGCAUUCCGAGGGAACUCUAUUUCCACCUCAAGACGCAGAUCAUGCAGUUUUACGGCUACGAAUACCUGCAUACGUUCGAGAACCUCGAGCAAGUUGGGCUCCUUCGCAUGCAAGACCAAGCGCAGAAAGCCGCGCCCAACCUCUUGCGUGCGUUUGGCUGCAUCGGCAACUAUGGCGGCGACGUUGUGCACCCGGACGACGCGGGCUACGUCUCGGGCGGCUACACGCCGCUGCUCGUCAAGCUCGUGGACGCCGCGCUCGGUCCUUCGCAGUGGGAACCCAUGGCCGAGCUUUUGCACCAACUGCCAGGUCCGUCGGCGCACUUUUCCACGUCUGACGCGGACAAGCCGCGCAAGAAGACCAAGUUCAAGACCGUGCUGGUGGUCGUUGUCGGCGGCCUCACCUGGCUCGAAAUCGCCGCGCUGCGCUUCUUGGGCCAGCAGCGCAACGUCGCGUUCUUAUUUGCGAGCAACGCGAUCGCAUCCGGGCAGCGCUUCGUCGACCCGCUCCUCGAGGCCGUUUACAACGGUCUCCUCGACCAAGACAUCAAAUAGACCUCUUGGUAACACACGCGUGGUAUGCGG